UUCUCUCUCUCUUCAACACUCUCUACCUACUCCUCUUUCUGUUUGUCCAAAUCCCCCCCCCUCUCUCCCCAAUCUCUUAAUCUCUCUCUCUGUCUAUCUGUGCCACAGGGUGAGUGUUCUCAGAAGUGUCGCCAUAUGUUCAUCGUGGAGACGGUGUGCGUGGCCUGGUUCUCCCUGGAGUGGAUCCUGCGCUUCAUUCAGGCUCGCAGCAAGCUGGAGUUCAUCCGAGGGCCCCUCAACGUCAUCGAUGCCAUGGCCAUCCUGCCCUACUAUGUGUCUCUGGUGGUGGAUGAGGAUGAUCCGGCCCUGGACCAUGAGAAGGCCGGGGGGACCAGCUACCUGGACAAGCUGGGCCUGGUGCUCCGGAUCCUGAGGGCCCUGAGGAUCCUGUAUGUGAUGAGGCUGGCCCGUCACUCUCUGGGCCUGCAGACCCUGGGCCUGACGGUGAGGAAGAGCACCAGAGAGUUUGGCCUUCUGCUGCUCUUCCUGUGUGUGGCCGUCACCCUCUUCUCCCCGCUGGUUCACCUGGCCGAGAGCGAGCUCACCGGAGCCCAGGACUUCAGCAGCAUACCCGCCUCUUAUUGGUGGGCCAUUAUCUCCAUGACGACAGUGGGCUACGGCGACAUGGUGCCACGCAGCAUCCCUGGCCAGGUGGUUGCGCUGAGCAGCAUUCUGAGUGGCAUCCUCAUCAUGGCCUUUCCAGCCACCUCCAUCUUCCACAUGUUCUCUAAGAGCUACCAGGAGCUCAAGCAGGAGCACAACCGCCUGUUCAAAGAGGAGUGUGCGGCUGCAGCGGCCCUGGCGGCAACCAGCAGGGAAGGUCAGGAGGGGAGCGAGGACUUCCCUCCCCCAGGGCUGCGCCACAUGUGCCCAGACACGGAGAGCACUCGCUCUCUGGAGUCCCUGUCCCUUCUUGAGAACGGCGGUGUGAUCUCAGGGAAUAACCAGCAUAGCCACAGCCCCAGGCUGCCAGCUGGAGCCUUCUAGACAGACAGACAGGCCUCACCUGCCCUGGCCCACAGACCUCACAGCACACUAGGAACAGGGAGGCCUCAGCAGGCUUACUAAUCACAGACUUAAUAGAAGAUGCAGUAAAAGAUCCAAUCCAAAGUAAUUUUUUCCAUGGCUGUCUUUAUCUCUGAAAAUAUUGCGUAGCUCACCCACAACAUAAUUGUUUUAAUUUUAGUCUCAAUCUCUAUCUGAGAUCAGAAUGUGCAGACCUGGGCCAAUGGAAGCCAUAGCCAUCUGUCUACACUAGACCCAUCUGUACUGAGCUCAACUCUGCUGAUUUUAUUUCUGAGAGGCUUUGAAAGCUGUACUUAAAAAAAAUCUCAGAUGGAUGCUUCUGACUAUCCCAUGCUGAAUAAACCCUCUCUCUUUCUCCCUUUGCAACAAAUGCAAAGAUACACACAGACUAACACUGGAUUUGGCUGCUUGAGUGUCUGGAGUCAUGGACAUGGAGUUAUUUGCCACUCCACCACAUAUUCCGUCGUGACCGGCAGGAAGAGGAUAUUGGAUGAGCAGUGAUCAUAGUCCUUUUAUAAUCUACAGGAGACAGAGAGCCAUCGGCAUAGAAUUAACUUUGUUAGGCUCCAAAUAAAAACACAAGUCAUCUCAACUACGCAGUUGUCGUAGUUUUUUGUCUUUCUGGGAAGAUAUAUCCUAUCUUAUUCCCUGAAAAGAUCAAUCAGAGAGGGUAUGUGCCGGGGUGAAACAUUAGUCCUUGUAAGUGAGAUAAAGCUGCCAAGACACAGCAUCACAUGAUGCAAAAUGCAUCAAUACCAGCUGUAUUUCUGUGUUUUGAAAGUUAUAUAUCGUGAAAACUUGAUUGCUGACAUGCAAAACAUUUUGGGACUAUAUCAACAAUGGACUAAUGAAAUA